GCUGAUUCUUGGUCGCGGAAGACGGAUGUCCGUGCCAUCGAACAUUUCGUCGCCAACAAAGCGGUCAGCAAGGCCCUCGCGCGGGUGCACGCGCCCAUGCGUUUCACCCAGGGCGACGACGUCCCGAGGAACCUGCAGGACAUGUUCCCAAAGCCCGCUCGACCGCUGCCCCCGCAGCCCGCCCACGAGAAGGUCCCGCCGGAGUUGCUGGAGGAGCUCGUGACGCACAUCUCGGCGGCUGUCGCGGCACUCCCGUCGAUGUGCGGCGCUGGGCCCAACGGGUCCUUCUACGAGCACCUCAAGAUCCACGCCUCCAUCCAGGGUGGCCAGCAGGUCCUGGCCAGCGUCCUCGCGGAUUUGCUGACCGGCGAGGCCCCACUCGAGGCGAACCGGGCUCGCCUCUUAAGCUGGACUGUGACGUCGACAUUCGCCCAUUGGUGUCACCAUCUGGCCACUGGCGUGCUGCGCUCCGAGGGUGGCCCUGUGGCGUGCCGACAUUUCGUCGACGCCCAUUUGUUCUCUGACCCUGAGCUCACCCUGACAGCCCUCGACGUAGCGAACAUGUACGGGAGCAUGUGUUUGGGCAACAUCGAGUCUGAGGGCUGCCCGUCGGCCUCCUACUUGGCUUGCCUGGGCGUCGCCCCGGUUCACGAUGCCUUGAAGGAGAACUCGGUGGUGGUGAGGCUGCAGCUGCACCCUGAAGCUUCGCGAGUGCUCAACGUGGUCUCCGGGGGCUUGCGACGUGGGGGUUCGGGCAUCCGACGAGUGGCAUCGCCCCCGCUGGUACUCAAGCAGCCUCUCGCGCGCCCGGGCGUGGACUCCGCCAGCGAUCCGGCCCUGCUCUUCACGAGCGGGCCCUGCGAGGAGGUGCUGGCAGAACGGAGGCGCACGCUGAAUCGCUUCAGCGAGCUCAAGGCGGCGGGGCUGGCCACGCACCUCGAUGUGUGUCUUGCUCGAGUGGCUACUGCCAGCGACGGUGUCUACCUCCAGCAGCGCCAACCGCCCACGGAGGCCCACUGCUCCGCGCUGGACAUGGUGGUCUUAGACGGCAUCUUCGACCUCCUGGGCGUGGGGUACGGCCUGUCGAGCGCGGCCCUGGGCUCCAAGCCCAACUACCUGGCCUCCUGGCUGCGCGACCUCACCGAGAGCGCAGAGACCACGGGCCUCGCCGGCGGUUCCGCCCUGCUCGACAGGGCGCCCGCCCUCCGGGCCUGCCUUGAAGGCGUCGUCACCGGCAUGUCGGCGCAGGGAGUGGACCUCCCAACUGGCACGAAGGAUGUUUUACUCCCAGGUUCGGCAGGCGCCGCGUCCAGAUGGCUCUCCGAAGUGGUUUCUCGCAUAGGCUCCGAUAUUCGUAGUGGUGCCACUGAGGAGUGCGUCACCACGAUGCUGGAGUCUGAUGGCGGCGGUGGUGGCUCAUGUUUUGCAGUCCCGACGCUUCCGCACCACUGCCUGACGAAUCAAGAGGUCGCCACCGCCAGCCGCCUCCAGAUGCAUUUGGAGGUUCAUGAGAAGCGGCCGGGGCACGACUUCCACUGCCUCCACAGGGGCGGACGGCAGUCCGGGUACCAGGUCCGCAGCCAGGCAGUCGACCUGAAGGGCCUCCAGGGUCUUAUGUGCAAGCGAUGGGGCCUCGUGGUGGGCAGGCACGACGCUCUCCGCGAUGUCCUUGCGGGCAUGAUCACGGAGCAAGUGGACAUCGACUACCACGACAAGCGGAUGGUGCGACAGUGCCUAGACGUCGCCGUCGUGACACCACACAUCAGGGCACUCCCAUGGGAUGCGCGCCUGCACAGGGCCGGGGCGCUCAUCGCGCGCGAGGAGAGCAACAAGAGACGCAAGUAUCAUAUGCUCAGCCUCACUCCUUUCGUGCUCUCUCACCUCGGCCGCAUGGGCGGGGGGGGCCAGGGCAGAAUCAAGGCCUUCGCCGAUGGCCUUUCCGAGCGCGAGCGGUCGUCUGCUAUAGACGGGUGCUACCAGCACCUAGCGGCGACGCUCCAGCGCGGCAGCGUGGCCCUCUUGGCCGCGGCUGCGCCCCUCAUUCCCUAG